AUGGAGUUCAAAGUGGCAGCAUUAAUACCUAGAUGUUACACAACUAAUAAAAGCCGCACUCAUUUAUCAAAUUGUAAUAACUUUAAAGAAGUAUACACUACUGAAGGAGUAGAAGAAAUCUUGUCUCGAACUGUACCUGAAGAUAAACGAAAAUCAGAUAAUCCUGAUAGCGGUAAUGAAAAUACUCAGCUAUUAAAAAAGGCUACAUAG